CCUCCCAUCCCUGGCAUCCCCGUUGCGCCAAUCCCAUUUCUCCGUCCAUCCCCAGUUGUUGGCCUUAGAACCGCACCCUUCUCCCUUUCACCUCCGCCCGAUUCCACCACCAUGAAACUAAAUAGCGCCGCCUUUUUUUGCGGCACAUGCCUUUUGGCCGUCUCUGCCUCUGCAGCUGGAAACAAUGUGGGAGGUGCCCAGGAACCUAUGAAAGCCGGCAUUGAUCCGCUCAAGUUCCGAGCAGCAUGCCCCGACUACAAGUCCUAUUCUAUGCAUCAGCAUCCACCGUACAGUGAAAGCCCGCUCAAAUUACCUUUCCAGCGCCCUUCUAUCUAUUGCCGCACAUUCGAAUCUCCCAUGGUCGAAAAGGUCAUUGACGACAUGAAGAAGAAGUUGGUAGACAAGGAUCUGGCUCGACUGUUUGAAAACGCGUUUCCAAAUACACUCGACACCACUGUGCGAUGGCACGUAGAUAGCAACUUCAAGCCCAAGACACCUCAAAACAUAUGGGAGAAGGAUGCUUGGAAAGGCCCCCAGAGUUUCAUCGUGACUGGAGACAUCAAUGCUGAGUGGCUGCGUGAUUCCACCAAUCAGCUUCAACAAUAUCAGUUGCUGGCGAAGAAAGACAAAGAUAUCCACCAGCUGAUACUGGGUGCCAUCAAUACCCAGUCUGAAUACGUCAUCGUUUCUCCCUAUUGCAACGCCUUUCAACCGCCCCCCGCGAGUGGCCUGAAUCCAACUUCUCAGGGUGACGGCGACAAUGUUCACCCCGCCUAUGAAAAUCACUUCGUUUUCGAAUGCAAAUACGAGCUCGACUCCCUUGCGCACUUUCUAUCUCUGGCCAACCAGUUCUACAACCACACAGGCUCUACUGAGUUUCUGAAUGAGCGCUUCAUCCUUGCCUUGGAAUCCCUUCUUACGGUCAUAAGGGAACAGUCCAGGCCAACAUUCAACCCCGAAACAGGGGCUUUCCAGCGCAAUGAAUACAGAUUUCAGCGUCAGACCAACAUUGGUACCGAGACGCUUAGUCUAGGUGGGCAAGGCAAUCCGCUCAACAGUGGAACUGGGCUCGUGCGCAGUGCCUUCCGACCGAGUGACGAUGCAACAAUACUUGGCUUCUUCGUUCCCGCCAAUGCUAUGAUGAGUGUGGAACUUAAGCGAACAGCUGCAAUGCUUCGAAAGGCUGGCAAGAAAGAGAUUGCCGAUCGGGUACAAAAAGUGGGCCAGACGAUUGAAGAUGGCGUUUGGGAGCAUGCUGUUGUUCAGCACAAGACAUACGGCAAAGUCUUUGCAUUCGAAGUCGAUGGUUUUGGCUCCUCAAUUCUCAUGGACGAUGCAAAUCUCCCAUCUCUGCUUGCUCUCCCUCUCCUUGGCUUUGUUUCUGUAGACAACGAAGUCUACCAAAAUACCCGUAAAAUGAUCCUCUCGAAAAAGGGGAACCCUUACUACCUCGUUGGCGAAGACUUCUGGGGGAUCGGGGGCCCGCACGUUGGACCCCGCCACGCAUGGCCCAUGAGCGUGCUUGUACAAGCCAUGACCAGCGAUAGCGAUGAGGAAAUCAUGAGAUGUUUGGGCGCAGUGAAGAACGUGAGCAGAAACGGCCUUAUUCACGAAGGAGUGAAUGUCGAAAUGGGCAGAGAUUAUACUCGGUCCUGGUUUGCGUGGGCCAACAGCGUCUUUGCUCAGACGGUGCUGGAUCUGGCACAGAGGAAGCCCGAACUACUGUUUGGAGCGGGUGCGGAGGCUUACGCUGUUGGUUAGAUAUUGCUAUUGACGUUGUUGCUGUUGUCAUCGAUACUGAGUGGCAAGAACAAGAAUUAGAAUGAACUUACCUAGAUGUAUGCUCAUGUCCUUUCUCAUCAUUGGUUCUACGUCUGGAUUGUUUUCAAUUGGUUCCAGAUUCUUGUGUGACUCUAAUAAUAGGCGCUCUGGGAGCCACACAAUAGAGCUCGCUAUGUGAUGAAGCACUCUCGACUGAACAUGAUAAUCUGCUAAUACAUGCAAAACGAUGACU